UAACAAGAUAUGGACGUGUUUGUCGAUUGAGCUGAAAGCCUAAAGUUUUUCGGCAGCCCGCGGCUCAACAGGUUGGUUGGUUUAAUUCCAUUAUUCAUUGUGAUAAAGCGGCUCCAGGUUUCAUAAUAUGAAUGUGUGUUCCCGCUCUUUAGCAAUGAAAUCAGGGAGGCAAGGGUCAUUACAGAUAAUUAUAUUGAACAAUUAGCGUUGGAUAAAUAGCCUGUCCUAUUCUGGUGCGAUAAGGAGAGGUGUUCUGCUCAAAUGCAGGGAAAACACGCAACAGUAUUCCGUGAGUAGGCUAAUAUAUUCCAUAAAUGUUAGUGUUGCGGAGACAGUUAUAGUGUACAUUUCAGAGGAUAUGAAACCAGUGAGAGAAUAUGUUUCCAAUCACACAUUUCAGCUCAGAUCCAUAUUCAACGACAAAGAGAUUCAUCCAAGCUAAUGAUAAAUAACGUUUCUACUUCUUGGGUGGAUUCAUUUCACACACAUUUCUAGUAUAUGCUUAAAAUAUUAUGCAUAAAUGUAUAAUACCGUAUGUACAGGAGUUUCAGUUGUGCCUUCACGGUAAUUGGUUCAAAUGUGGCAUAACAACUUCUUUAUCACCACUCUAAAGCUUUGAGUGUUGGAAUAUAUCAGUGUCUCUACCUGAUUUAAUUACAUCUGUAAGGCUACUCAACAUUCAUCAACAUCCACAGGAUAGUGCCAUAGUUUGUUAACUGCCUCCAUUAUGAUCAGUCUCCCUGGCUUAGUUACAUGUAAUUAUUGAAUUUCGUGGAGCCACAAGAUGUAAACACAGGGGAUUGAUGGGAGCAAGGAAAUGUUAAUACUCAUUUUAAUAUCAAUGAUGACAGUUAGAGUGAGUCAUACUCUGAGGAUGCUCUAAUAAAAAAAAACCUUGGAUGGGAGGUGUUUUUUCAGACUAAGAACUCAACACUUUCUGUUUUUUAUGAGUCAUCUGUGAGUAAGCAGGCACACAAGAAAAUUCAUAUCCUCUGGAUAAAUAGUGAUGAAGUAGAGAAUGGGGUUUUAAUUUUUCGUUGGAGUUCUGUUCUAAUCAAUAAGGAAGGUGUUUCCUUCCUCCGUUCCCCUCCUUGAAUUAUCAAGAUUUUGAUUAGAUAUUUACAUUUCAGUACAUUUGCUUAUUCAUGACAUGCCAAACCUACAUGUCCAUAAUCUGUAUUUUUCAUUUAUUUAUCCAUUCUGCAGGAUGGCUUUUGCUGUCUACCGUGACGUGCAAUUUGGAAUGAACUACAGAUCAAGACCACAAUGAUUAACGCCUUAAACUGGAUGAUAUCCCUCCUUUGACCAAACAUAUGAACUGGUAGUGAGGCUGUCAGUGAAUGAUCCAAACUGAGACAUGAGUAUGUUUUGGUGGACGGUUUAAAACACACUCUUCUACGAUUAUACAGGAUAUGACUGGAUCUAUAGGUGACAGUCUCACCUACCAUGAUGGAGUCCGGUCUGUCCCCUUCCACAGACCCUCUCCACCCUAACACACUAAGAUAUGUCAAUAACAGCAACAGCAGCUGGAGUGGCCUCCUCGAUGCAGAGGAUCUGAGGAGCAAUCACACCCUGACCCUCCAUGGCCGCUUUCAUAAUGCCUUGCUGGGGGUCAGCCUGGGGUUUCUUUCCCUCCUCACCAUCUUGAUGAACUUGCUCGUCCUCUACGCAGUGAAGAAAGAGAAGAGCCUCCACACUGUCGGGAACCUCUACAUUGUCAGCCUUUCUGUGGCAGAUCUGAUCGUAGGGACCACAGUCAUGCCUCUAAACCUUGUGUAUUUGUUGGAGGAUGAAUGGAAGUUGGGGCGGGCAGUCUGCCAAUUUUGGCUUAUUAUGGACUAUGUGGCUAGCACAGCAUCAAUUUUCAGCUUGUUUAUUCUGUGUUUGGAUCGGUACCGCUCUGUAAGACAGCCGCUUAAGUACCUGAAAUAUCGAACGCGAGGCAAAGCCACUGUGAUGAUUUCUGGAGCGUGGUUGCUGUCCAUGAUGUGGAUUAUUCCAAUUUUAGGAUGGAGGUCUUUCAGUCAUGUAGACCUUAAACCUGAGGAGGAGAACAAGUGUGACACUGACUUCCGCUUUGUCACGUGGUUUAAGGUUGUAACUGCCGUCUUUAACUUCUACGUACCAUCAAUUUUGAUGUUGUGGUUUUACACGCACAUUUACUUGGCAGUACGGCAACAUCUCAGAGACAGAGAGAGAAUCAUUAAUCCGACUGACUCGUUUGGGGAAAAUGAGAAUGGACAAAAUGCCCAGACGCCAGUAAAAAAUGACCUCGAAUUACCAAAGAGGGAAUGUAACGUUCCAAUGAAACUCUCUAAAAAACAUCGCUUGUUGGACCAGAACACUCUAGAUCAGCCAUAUUCCCUCGAAGAUCUCGAAAGAACUAAAAUAUCUUUAUCCAGAGCACACAGAAAAAUUGGUGUCAAGUGCCAGCAUACGUCGUUGCUAGCCAUGACAACCAAACGAUUCAGAAUGGGAAAAAAGGUCAAAGGUUGCUCGUUGUCUCCUGAGGAGAAGCAGUCAGACACUGAGAUUCCUCUGAAUCAACCUGCAGUGCCACAGGACAUUAACUGCCCAGAGGGGAAUAAUGAGAACAAAAUUCAAGCGUCUUUAAAUGAAUGUCACGUGACAGUGACAAAGUCAGUGAGUGGUGUCUGUGAUAUCAACCAGGUUUCAGAUGUGCAAAGAUACACCUCUGGUCUCUACAACAACUACGACCCCAAUCACACUCUGCCCUGGACCAAAGAAGAGGCUGAAGAUGCCACAUUGGAAUCAGCAAAUGCAGUGACUCUGAGACAGACGUGGCAAAGGUUUAUUGACCAAUCACGUCAGCGUAUCCAAAGCCUGAGGAUCCACAAGGAGCACAAGGCAGCCAAGCAAUUGGGCUUUAUAAUUGCUGCUUUCUUGUUGUGUUGGAUACCAUACUUCAUAGCUUUCAUGGUCAUGGCGUUCUGCAGAGAGUGUGUGCACCAUGACCUUCACAUGUUCACAAUAUGGCUAGGUUACAUCAACUCCACUCUCAACCCUUUUAUAUACCCACUGUGCAAUGGGAACUUCAAGCGAGUCUUCAAAAGUAUUCUCAAUAUUUGAUUGUGACUGAUAGUUACAUAAUGAAGAAGUAGAAUAGAAUCAUGGGGGUCAAUGUGCUGCUGAUAUACACAGAUACAGUAUAGAGAAAACAUCUGUUGCAUCAAUUCAAUGUAGUAAUCACCCAUGGAUACAUGAGCUUUGUAAGUGCAGAUGAAAACAAUGUAUUUUUCAGUUAUUUUUGUUUGUUGUGAAUCUUAUUUUUUACAACUUUAUUCCCCUUCAAUUCCAACCCAUGGCAACAGCUCGGGGAGAUGUCUAACGUUAAUGUUAUUUAUUUUGUCUAUGUUGUGCUUAUGAUAACAAAGCAUGUCUAAGACCAGAAAUGCUAAAUAUCAAAAUAAUCUGAUCUCUCACCCUUGGUGAAAAGGAAUGUGAAUCUAGUGUGUUUGCUCUGUGGUCCAGAGCGGAGGAAAACUGUGUACAAAAAUGCAUUUUUGAAGAAAAACAUUUUAUUUAUUUGUAUGCACUAUAAAUGGUACAGAGAUGUAACAUUAUACAUUCUAUAUUUAACAUUUUACAAACAUGCAUUUGUGAGCAGUUUUUACACUGUUUCCUCAUCAUUAAAAAAGGAUUUGGAACAUUAAUUUCCUUUCAAAUCAUCUGUUGAGCUGUUAGCAGGGAGGUUGAUUUGGGAUCUUCUCAGUUGAGUCUUUAUUUUACCCUUUUUUAUUAAACCUAAAAAAGAUUUCAUUGUGUUUUCACACAUUAAAAUAACGAUGUUCAUGAUAA